AUCAUCGAGUGCUCAUUUGUCAAAUCGAACGUCACUGAUGCCAAAUAUUUUUCUACACCGAUACUUUUGGGUAAAAAUGGAGUUGAGAAGAAUUUGGGAUUAGGUAAAUUAAGCAGCUACGAACAGAAACUUCUGGAUGCCGCUAUCCCGGAGCUCAAGAAAAAUAUUCAGAAGGGAGAAGACUUUGUAAAUAAAAAGUGAAAUCUUUAUUGGGCCUAGCUGGAUAGAACGUGAUCUUUUAAAUUUCGCGUGAGAAUUUCCGGCCUUUGUUGCUCGUCUCGCAAUCAUGAUAAAUUAUUAGAACAAUUAAAUUUUUUUAUCGUAAAAAACAAAAAUUGAAGAAUGUAUCUUCCAUUUUUUUUAUCUACCGUGCGCAUGUAAACGUAAAAAUAGCACUGCGGGACAGAUUGUCGAAUAUCAAGAUCAUGUGUUAUAAAUGAAA